GGGGUUUCUGUCGACGUUGUUCAGGUUCAGGUUGAUUCUUCAUGAAGUAGUGAAUCCGAACCCUUCUGCUGGGACCAGAGAGAACCCUUCUGCUGGGACCAGAGAGAACCCUUCUGCUGGUUCUAAUGAGCCGGUACCGGUCUAAACUGAGACCAUGCUGAAAUGGCUUUCCGGUGAAGAGGGAGAGCCUGGCUCUGUAGGUCCAGGCUCUCCCCGGGCUGCUGCUGCUGCUGUUGCUGCUGGUGGUGGUGGAGGGGUUGCUGUAGAAGAAAUGGCCGAGCGGCUCACUCAAACUGAGCUGCUCGUCACUCAGCUGAAGGAGAUAAUCCGGGAGAAGGAUGCAGCACUUCGCUCCAAAGACGACCAACUAAAGGUGGAAAAGGAGACAUGUGACGCCAAGUUGUCCAAGCUGCGUCUGCAGAACAAGGCCAAGGUGACGUCGCUCAACGCACAGCUGGAGGAGCUGAAGAAACAACAGGGAGGUCAGGGCACGCCAACACACAGCAAAAAGGGGUCAUCGGAAGGAGGAGGAGAGCACGCCAGUCGGGGCAAGAUCGUCCUGCUGAAGAAGAAGGUUGAGGAGCUAGAACAGCAGCUUGCACAAAGACAGGAGGAACUGGAACUCAAGAGGAAGGAGGUGGAGUCCCAGCGGCAGCGGGGCGAGGAAAUGGACGCCAUGCUGACGGAGAGGGACAGGAAGCUGGCGGAAAAAGAGGCCUAUAUUGUUCACCUGCAAACAGCGCUGGCAGGAGAUCAGCCCAUCACACCUGCACCACAACAACAGGUGGCGGAGGACAGCGGAGCGAUGCAGGAGCUGCAGCUGCUGGUGCAGAGCCUGACCAGGAAGGUGGGAGAGGCGGAGGAGCGCUACAGUUUGCUGAAGGAGCAGACGGACAGCCUCAAAGAGCUGCUGGCCACAGAGAAGGAGCAGUACGUCCAGAAGGAGAACAUGUACAAACAGAACAUCCAGACAUUCAAAGACAUCAUUAUUCAGAAAGAUAACCAGCUGACGGAGAUCAGCCAGAUGCACGAACAGGAGCUCUUCAAGCUGGCGGCGAAGUCUGAUGCCAGCGCAGACUUAGAGCAGCUUUUGAAGGCUCUGAAACAGAAGCUCCAUGAGAAGGAGGAGGUGCUGCUGGGUAAAACGCAGGUCAUUGAUGUUCUGCAGGGAGAGGUGGACGGCAGGGACCAACAGAUAAAGGAGCUCGCGGAGCGGCUGCGUCGGCUGCACGUAGAACGAGAGAGCCUGGAAUCCAAGAUGGAGGCGGAGAAGCACGUGAUGCGAGCGCAGCUUCGCGACCUGAUGGAAAAGCAGCAGGCGGAGGUGCGGCGAGUGACGGAGCAGCAUCAGGCCCUGAUGGCCCAAAUGCAGCAGGAUCUCCUGGGGCAGCUGGAGGAGCUGAGGAGGACCUCGAGAACAGCAGAACCGGCUCCCAGUCAGGAGGCCUCAGGAGGUGGAGGCAUGUCUGCAGAUCCAGCCUCCAUCCAACGGAUAGCUGAGCUGGAAGCCCAAGCGAAGCAGAAAACAGACGAAGCCAGCAGAUCAGAGGCCAAGUUCCUGAAGAUGAAAGCCUGGUCUAAAUCUCGGAUCAGACACCUGGAGGAGGAGUUGAAGAGAAGUCAGGCUGGAUCUGCCCCCCCCGACCUGACCGCCCUGCGGAGUCGUAUCACAGCACUGGAGGAGGAGAGAGAGGAAAACCUCUGGAAAGUGGAGCAAUACGAGGAGCUCAAAGCAAACAACGAAAUGCUGGUGGCGAAGCUGGUGGUCUACGAGGAGCAGCAGAGGACACUACAAGCAGACCUGGAGCAGUUCACUAAGAGGGCCGCCUCUCAGGCCAGCGAGUCGGGCAGCGCCGAUGACACUCAGAGCCACGUUCUGGAGUGGCAGGAGAUGGUAGCUGAGGCGGUCAGCGCCAGGGACCGGGCCAAGGAGGAGAAGGCGGCCAUGGCCCUCCGCAUCAGCCACAUGGAGGAGGAAAGAGAGGAACUGAUUGAGGAUGACUGGUUCUUUCCUGGCUGCUCCGAUCCAGCACUGGCCACUCGGCAGCAGGAGUUGGAGGAGGAGCUGACUCAGGCUCGGGGGCUCGGCCCGCACCGGGCCAAGAAGCUGGCGGCUCCGGCCCAACGGAGCCUGCAGGAGGACUUUGAGUUCGACGGUCAGGCGUCGUUCCAGGACCCGCGGAGCGCCUCCGAGAGCACGACCCCGAUGGAGGGAGAGAACAUGGGAGGUUGGUGGCCCGAGUACAGUACUCCCGACACAGACGGUUUGCGGUCCGUUGUGGAGGAACUGGAACUGGAACGGAACCAGCUGCAGGAGCAGAUCCUGAGCCUGGAGGAGCGCUGUCAAGACCUGGAGGACCGGCUGCAGCUGCAGGCCCGCAUAGAGGCCUUACAGGUGACGUUUGAUGUAGAUGAAGAUGAGCAGCCAUUUUGGGUCUCUCAGAACGAGUCUGAGAGACUACAGAUCCAACUCGCCGGCGUCCGGAGUCAACAGAGCCGAGACGCAGAGAAGCAUCAGCUGCUGGUGAGCAGCCUCAACGAGCAGCUCAAAGGGCUGAGUAACACUCAAGAGUGUCUAGAGAGCUCGCUCAUCGAGAAGGAGAACACGUUGGCCAAGACGUCUGAGAAGCUGGAGCUCAUCAACGGCCUCCGAGAAUCUCUGAGUGAGAAAGAAGUUCAGUUGAAAGACGUGUCUGAUAAGCUCCUCCAGGCUGAGCACGCCCUCGAGAGUGUUUCUAGGAAAUGCAGCAGCUCAGAGAAACAGCGCUCUGAGAUGAAGACGGAGGUCGUCGACCUCACGCAGAAGCUGAGCGUGCUGAAGGAGAAGACUCAGAAGCAGGAAGUCACCGUAGAAACUUUACAGACCGAGCUCGAUCAGACGAACGAGGAGCUGGACAAACUAAACUCGAACCACCUGGAGGAGCGAGCCCAACUCAUUCACGACCUUCAGAGCCGCGAGCGGGAGAUCGACCGGCUCAGAGACGUCGUGCUGGAGAAGGACGAGGAGAUAUCCACCCUCUCCGGGAACAUGGCGGAGUACGCAGAGCAGGUCACGGCGCUGAAGCGGGAGGUCAAACUCAAAGAGGAGAACCUGGUUCAGGUAGAAACCGCUCUGAGUAAGGCGGAGCGGGAGGCCACGAUCAUCAGAGAGUCGCAGACUUCAGACCAGCGAGAGCUGGACGGCAAGAUCUCGGAGCUAGUGGAGAAAGUGAAGGACACGGAGGUGGAGUUGGUGAAGGCCAAAGAGGAGAGAGAGUCUAACAUGGCCGAGGUGGAACAUCUGAUAAAGCAGGCCGAGGAGGACAAGAGAACUAUUCAGGAGCUUCGGGGGGAGAUCCAGAAACAGAUCGUGAGCCAACGUAAUCAUCUCUCUGAAUGUGAAACGCACAUCACGUCACUGAAGGAACAGCUGACGUUAUCCAAAGACAAAAAUACAAGCAGUGAGCAACUCCUGCAAAGAGAGCUGAAAUCUGUCAAAGAUGAACAGAACGAACUCCUGGCUCAGGUGGAAAAACACAAUAAUGAGAUGCAGACGUUGUCAAGACAGCUGGAGGAGCAGGUCCAGAGUGAGGAGCACAUCAAGAAGGACAUGCAAGAGAAACUGGAAACCAUCACAUCGCUGGAAAACCAACUAAAGACAACCGGCGAACGGGCCGAGGACGAGAGGCGGAAGUUCAACACCGAGCUGCAAAACCGGGAUUCUGAAAAGGAGAAACUGAGCGACGAACUUCAGAGCAAAUCUGAAAAUAUCUCCAAGCUGAAGAAUCUGUUAAAAUCCGUGAAGAUGGAGAAGAAGCAGCUGCAGGAGAAACUCAAAGGGCUGACGGAGGAGCUGGAGCUGCAAAAGCAGAACGUGAAUCAGCUCGGUGAAAAGGUUUCAUCUGCUGUUGAGCUCAACCACAGCCUCGAGAAUCAAGUAGACGUCCUCAUCAAAGAGAGAGAGAGACUGGAGCUGGAAGUAGCUGAGAGUGUGGAAACUAUUUCACGAGUUACACUUGAAAAGGAUUCCCUGCAGGCCCAAGUGUCCGUGUUGGAGACGCAGCGUUCACAGAACAACACGAUAAUCGAAGGGCUGGAGAAAGACAAAGAGGAUUUGACUCUUCGAACUAACGAGUUGAACAGAGUUUUUGAGCAGAGCGCUAACUCGAGCUCGGAGACGCUGCUGGCAAAAACAAACGAAUGUAGUGAACUGAGCCGGCUACUGAGGGAGAGGGAGGAGAAGGUGAAACAGCUGCAGGAGGAAGUGCAAAACUUGUCUUCGCAGGUAGAGCAGCUCCAGCGAGAUCAGACGCAACUUCAGGAAACGCUGUCUCUGCGGCGAGAACAGGAGCGCAGUCUGACGUCUGGCUUAACGGAGAAGGACGCGAUGCUGAAAGAGAAGCAGGACGGGUACCACAGAUUGCAGAAUGAAUUUACACUCCAGAAAAGUAUCGUAUCCAAGCUGCAAACAGAAGCUGAAUCGCUCGGUGAAGAACACUCACAGCUCCGCCGGCAGAUCGAAGAGAGAGAAGAGAUGUUGAAGAACGUGACACAGCAGUGUGAAAAACACAAAGACAAACUGAACGACGCAAACAACGCCGUUAAGUCUCUGAGCGACCGGAUCCGUGUGGCGGAGUCUGAAGCCGAGCUGAGGCGAACGGAGGUGGCGAGCUUAAACGGCCACAUCCAGGCGGCGACGGAGGAGAACCACCGACUCCGCUCUGCUUGUGAAUCCAGAGAAAAGGAGCUCGCUCUGCAAAAGCAGGUUCUGUCGGACCUUGACGGACGGCUUAAAGCAACUCUUGAAGAGAACGCCGGUUUCAGCGUGCAGAUCAGCAACCUGACGGAAAACAAUCGGAGGCUUCAAGAGGAGCAGGAGCAGAACAUCAGAUCAGUUUCUGAGCUAACCGCUGAGAGGAAUCUACUGCGAGAACAAAAAUCUGGGCUUGAGAUUCAGAUCUCAGAGAAUCAGAACACGAUCGACGGCCUGUCGAAGGAGAAGGAGAAGCUCGCCGCUGCAGGAGACGAAUUAAAACAAGAGAAAGAGUCAAACUCUGCAGGUUUGCUCGAGAAAACGAGCGAAUGCGCUCAUCUGUCAGAGCAACUCGACGGCUUAAAGAAGCAAGUCGGUCAACUCGACACGUCGUUGAAAGAGAAAGAACAAACGUCGUCCGCUCAGCAGAACCAGCUGCUGCAGCUUCAGGAUACUGUGUCCAUGCUUCAGGAGCAAGGAUCCGUGCUCAAGACGGGGCUGCUGGAGAAAGACGCCAUGUUUCAGCAGAAAGCAGCAGAAGUCGAGCAGCAGAAAGCGCUCGUAUCACAGACGCAGGCUGAGGUGGAGCAAAAAGAACAGACAUUGAAAGAAGUAACACGCGAGUUUCAGAAGCACAAAGAGGAGCUGGAUAAACGGAACGAGUCGGUGAUCUCACUGAGCGGCCAGCUCGGCGCCAUGAACGAGAGCGCCGCAGAGACGGAGGCUGAAAUCGCCAACCUGAAGGCCGCCGUGCAGAAACUCACCGCAGAAAACAGUCAGCUGACACAGACGGAGGACCAGAGGAGAGCAGACGUCGUCGACUUUAACGAUAAUAUCCAAGCGCUGACUGAGCAGAAUGCGAGAUUGAAAUCUGAGCUUCAGAGAACGGCGAUGGAGUUGUCCAAAGCACACGAAGAGGUCGCGCAUCUCAAAACGGCGGUCAGUGAUUGGGACGACAAACUCCAAACUGCAGCCUCGGAGAAGGAAAGGCUUCAUUUGAUCGUGAAGGGACAAGACGAGUCCCUGAAACAGCAGGAGAGUUUGAUCCGGCAACUCAACGGGAGAAUCAGUGAGCAGGAGGAGCAGCUGAAGCAGAAAGCAGACGACAACGACAGGUUGAGUGCAAAAGUUUCAGAGCUUGAAGACUCUGUCUGUAAACUCGGAGGACAAGUUGACCGUCUUUCUUCAGAGUCUUCCGCGCUGAAAGAUAGUUUAGAGAUUAAAGAAAAGUCAAGUCUUGAAUAUCAAAGUCAUUCUUCAGCUGCUGUUGAAAAUCUCAGUUCAGAUCUACGAGCCAAAGAAGUGGAGUGUGACAGCUUGAAAGAAAAGACCUCACACCUUGAAGAAUCGGUCACAAAGCUCAACGUCGCCCUCCAGGUCCAGAUAUCUGAGGUGGAAAAUCUGAGAAAGGCCUUGGAAGAAAAAGAGUCAAAGUCUCUUCAGGAUAUUCAGAGACGAGCAGAUGAGGCGUCGCUCUUCAAAACUCAGUUCGCGGAGAGCACCGAGUUGGUGUCACAGCUGCAGAGUCGUAUCCAGCUGCUGUCCGCCGAGUCGGAAAACCUCAAAACUUCAGCCGGAGAAACACAAAGGGCCUUUAACGACCUACAGGAGAGAUACGCCACCAGCUUAGAGGAGCUGCGAGACGCGAGGAAGCAACUGUCCCAAAGGACCGAUGAGGCGUCCGGCCUCCGGAAGUCACUGAACGACACCGGUAACGAACACCAGACCACGAUAGAAACACUGAGACGCGAGUUAUCAGCGAUGCGUCGCAAACUAGAGAAAACCGAAGACUUGAACUUGAAUCUUUCGAAGGAAAAAGACGAAGCUUUUGAUUCCCACCAGGCGAGCGUGUCGCUGCUGACGGUCGAAAUAGAAAGACUGAAAUCGCAGCAUCUUCAGGUCGUGGCGCAGAUGAACGCGCUGACAGAAAACCUGGAGCAGAGGGAAAUGGCUCUCCACGCUAUCAACAGUCAGUACACAUCGCAGGCCAAACACACAUCCCAGCUGCUCUCAGAAAUACAGAAACUAGAACAGCAGAACAAGAGGCUAAACGAGGAGAUUAGCUCGUCAAAGGAGGAGCACCAGAAGCGUCUCGCGGCCAGUGGUAGCAAAAACGCACGUUUGCAAGAGGAAGUUAGAAAACAUGUCGCAGAGAGGGAGGAGCUGGAGAAGAGGCACCAUCAGAUCCGGGCAUCGCAGGUUCAAAUGGAGCAGCGGUCCGGCAGCAUGAAGGAAAUAAUGGAGCAAACCACGUCGGAGAAGGAGAGCCUUCAAGCAAAGGUUAGUGCCAAAGACGAAGAAGUGUCUCGGUUAACAGAAAACAUUCAAAAGAUAGAGCAGAUUCUGCAGGACUCUGAGAGAGAGUGGCUGUUAGUUCUGGAUAGAGAGAAACAGGAUAAGAACCUGCUCGCAGAACAGCUGCAGAGUGUUGAAAAUGAAAUGAAAUCUAAAGAUGUUAAAGUUAAUGCUUUGAAAGGAGACUUGGAUCGUUUGCAGGAGAAACUAGCGGUAGCUUCCUCCGCCAUCAGGCAGGGAUCCGAUCAACUGAGUGCUAAAGAGUCGGAGGCGUCAGCGUCCAGGAUUCAGCUGGAGAAGGUGUUAGCGUCUGUCCAGGAGAAGGAGAACGACAACAAUCAUUUGCAGCAGGCGCUAAACGCUGCAGAACACCAGUUACAAACAGUCUUAGAGAGAAAAAACAAAGAGUCCUCUGUAGAAAACGCCUCUUUACAGGACCUGAUAAAACAAUUACAAGACGGUCAUCAGUCUGAGGUAGACACUUUGAAAAAUGAGUUGGAUAAAACCGUCGCACAAUUACACAAGACACAGACUAAAGGAGAGAGGAGUGAUGAGGAGAAGGGUCAACAAAUUGCACUUUUGCAAGAGAUGGUGGAGCGUCUACAGACGGAGUUAGAGACGGCGAAAGAAGCUGCCGUCAAACACGCUUCUUUACAAGGCGAAUCGCAAGCUAAAGACGAGCAGAUCAACUGUAUGAGCAUUCAGAUCAGUCAGCAGAAGGAGCUAAUGGCUGGACUCAGUCAGCAGUUAUGGGAUAAAGACGCAUCCGUCGCCCAAGUCAUCGAAUCUGCCUCCAAUGAGAGAAUGAAACUCGCGGCGCAACUGGAAAACGUGGAGCAAGAACACAAAACCUCCACGGAGAGGCUCGGAGAGAUUUCUCAGCAGCUGGAGGAACGUAUUUCAAACUCUCAACGUGAAAUAGAGACCAAGAAUUCAGAGACGCUCGAGCUGAUGAACAAAAACAAGGAUCUAAAGAGCGAACUAGCCGCGGUGUGUAAAGAAAAAGAUGCAACGAAGAAGAAGCUUCAAGCUGCUCUCGUCGUCAGAAAAGAUCUGCUGAAAAGAAUCGAACAAUAUGAAAAUGCAAACGAUAAAUCUGAGGUUUCACUUUUACAGGACACAUUACAGGAAGUAACAAAUCGAGCUCAGGCCAGUGCGCAAAUAUACGAAGAAAAUGUUUCUCUUCUUGAAAAGAAAAUUCUUGAGCACAAAACAGAAAGUGAAAGACUUGUGGAGCAAUUAGAGUCAGAAAAACAAGUUUUGCUUGCCGCACUCGACGAGAAAGAAGCGUGUUUGGUUGAGAAAAGCUCCCUCGUGGAGCGGCUGCAGUCCAUCGCCGCCCAGAAGGAAGACGCGUUGGAGCAAGACCGGAAGAGCUCGGCGCAGAAGUUAGAAGAGCUUCAGAAUGAGUUAAAGGAUAAGUCUUCCUCCGCUGCCGCCGCUAUUGAUUUAGAAAACGAGCUCGCUCAGAUGAAGCUGGAAAAAGCAAAGAUACAGAAGAAGGCGCAGGCUGCCCUGCUGGCACGCAAAGAGACGCUGAAGAAAGCUCAAGAAAAUGAAAAGAAAUUAACUCAAGAACUGGCUGAGCUGAAAGACGACUACAAGGCUCUCCUGGAGCAACGCUGCCAGCAGACCAACGAGCUCAACGCCGUCCAGAUGAACUUCGACGAGAAGGUCCGAGAGUUGGAGGAGAUCCGUAAAAGCUCUCUGUCUGAUCUGGAUGAGCUGGACACGUUGAGACAGCUCGUAGAGGAGAGGGAUAAAACCCUACAAGAUCUGAAGAUGUCUCUGGCUGAGAAGGAGAGCCAGUGCCAUUCUCUGUCAAACCUGCAAAUGGAGCUAGAAAACGUUAAAUCCAGAUUCGAGAGCGCGUCUCUUGAGAUGGCGAGCAAAGACAAGGCUCUGGUAGUCGCGGAAGCUUUGAAAGCAAAACUUCACGCGGUAGAGGACGACUUAAAGAGAGCUCGUGCAGAAGUAAAAGAGAAAACGGAAGAAGUUGAGAAACAUCUGGAAGAGAUUAAAGCUGCGGAGCUGAAGAGCCGACAGGAGAAGCAAGUGUUGCUGACCCAGCUGAGCGUCUCGGAGUCUGAGAAACAUCAACUGUUGAUGGAAGAAAACGAGGCUCUGUUGGAGAAGAGUAACCAGAUGAAAGUGGAACUGGAGACAGCCGUCUUUUCAAUUUUAACCAUCCAGAAGACGUCUGCAGAAACGCAGCAGCAGCUCAGCGACGACAAACGUGCUUUAACGGAGGAGCUCGAACAAACACAACUGCGUUUGGAUUCGUUAAAGCAAGAGAAAGAAGAUGCUUUCAGAUUAAUGGAUGGACUCAGAGAUGAGGUAGCCACGCUGAAGGAGAAAGUAAAAGAGAUCAAAUGUGCUGAAAACGUUGAAGUGAAGCUGAAGGAGAGAGACGACGCCUUGGUGGUUUGUCAGGCUCUGGUGUCGGAAAAGGAAGAACUAAUCGCUGCACUUGAACUGCAACUAAAGCAGCAGAUUAGAACACACGAAACUGCCGUUGAGAAGAUGAGGACGGAGGCCGACGAGCUUCAGAAAUCAACAAACGAUCAGGACAACCAAAGCAAAAUCACUCUCCUGACCAGGAAACUUCAAGCCGCUUUAGUGUCGAGGAAAGAGCUCCUGAAGGAAAACGCAACGCUCAAGGAGGAAGUAGAAAAGCUGUCGGCCAAACACGAAACUAAAGAAGCCGAGUACUUUAAUCUGGAGUCGUCGGUGCUGAAGUUGAGACAGCGAAACGUGGACCUGGAAAUCUCCGUGUCGUCGCUGAACAAGGAGAAAGACGAGCUGAGCACUGAGGCCGACGGCAUCUUCAGCGAUAACCGCAGCCUGUCGGCGGCCUGCGACAGCCUGAAGCUGACCAUAGAGAACAUCACACAGCAGAAACAGGCCUUCUCCUGCCAGCUCGAGUCUCUCAACGAUUCUCAGGCGGAGGAGCUGUCCAAGUGGAAGACGAAGCACGCCGAGCUGAAACAAGAGUAUGAAUCUCUUUUACAGGCUUAUGAAAACGUCAGCAGUGAAAUGGAUAAAAUGAGGCAGCUUUUAGAGGGGGCUAAAAGAGACCGGCAGGAAGCCCUCAGGAAAACCCACAAACAGGAGGCCGAGAUGGAGAUUCUGGACAAGCGAGCUAAAGAGACGGAGGAAGAAAAUGCAAGGAUUAAAGAGAGGAUGCACAAAUUUUCCAAAGAGAAGCGGCAGAAGAUUGAAGAGCUGGAGGAAGAGAAUGAGAAAAUGAAAAAAGAGCUGGCUGAGCUGGAAGAAAACCACAAAAUGGCGGUGUGCGAUCUGACUGAUAGACAUCAACAACUGGAGGCUGAGCUCCGCAGACUUAAAGAGACAUCGGAGGAGCUCAGAGAGAAGCUCGCCGAGCUGGAGGCUGAAAAUAACCAACUGAUGGAGAAGCUGGAAGAAGCGAGCGGUUCGCUGGAAGAGAAGCACCUGGAAUCAAAAACGUACACAAACAACAUGCAGCUCAAACUGGACGAAGCUCUCAGUUUGAAUAAUUCGCUGACCGCCCAGAUCGAGGCCCAGAAAACAGAACUGGGUGCUCAGUCGGAAAUCAACAACGUAUUGCAGAAGGAGAAGCAAAAUCUCUCUGGAAGAAUCGAGGAGAUACAGAACGAUCACGAGCUGCAGCUGGGGAAGAAAGACGACGACAUUAAAGAGCUCAAGGACGUCAUCGACGGACACAACCGCGAGACCAUCAGCCUCAACGAGAAGGUGAGGAUCCUGGAGGACGACAAGUCUCUGCUGCAGGAGGAGCUGGAGAAUGCUCAAGAGAUUUCAGACAAAGUGAAAAAUGAAAACGAAUAUUUGGAAACCGUGAUCCUCAAAAACUCAGAAAGGAUCGACGAGCUGACCGAGUCCGUCUCCGUUUGGCAAACCCAAAGCGCACAGCUGUCCUCUCAGCUGGCGGCGAGCAAAGAGAUGAGCGGUCGGGUUCGCCAGGAGAAGGAGGAGGAGCAGCUCAAGUUGGUCCGAGAGUUCGAGGAGAAGCUCAAGACCGUGCAGAGAGGCAGCGAGGGCUCCAAGAAUGUGAAGAAAGAGCUGCGAGAGCUGCUCAGAGAAAAGCAUCAGGAGAUCAACCAGCUGCAGCAAAACUGCAUCAAAUACCAGGAAGUGAUUUUAGAUUUAGAGAGCGCUCUGAAGAGCUCGCGGUCAGCCGGCGAACAUUCUGAGAAAGAGCUGAAGAAAAGUUCGGAGAAGAUGUCGGCUUUAGAGGAGAGAGGUAAAGGAGUUGAAGCUGAGCUGACGACACACAAGAAUCUCCUCCAGCAGGCCUCGGAGAGGAUCCAGAGCGUCGAGUGCGAGCGAGACCAGCUGGCUCUGGACCUGUCGCAGGAAAGAAAAACGGUCCUGGAGGAAACAAAAUCACCACAAAAUACAGACGAGAAACAAUUUUAUUUGGAGAACCAGUUCAUGUUGCAGCAGCAGAUAGACGAGCUGAAGGAGCUAAAAGAUAAAGAGAGUCAGAAAGUGACUGAACUGAGGCAGCACCUCGACUCUCAAGAUCUCCAGAUAAACACUCUAAAAAGAUCCGCUGUGACUAACGAGGCGAAGCUGUCGGCGUUAUGCGGCGCUCCUCAAGGUGCGGACGCAUCAAAACUUUGGAACGACUUGUACCAAAAGACGUUACACGAGAAGGACAGCCAACUCCUCGAACAGGGUUUCGUGAUCAAGCGGUUCCUGGAGGACAUGAGAGCGAAGGACAAAGAGGUGAAUGAGCUGCGAGUGACCAAGUCGAGACUGGAGAGGACUCUGAACGAGUACUCCGUCGCCGCCGCCGCGCAGCAGAGACAGCUGUUCAUCAUGAGCGCGAGCAACGCCGAGCUGAGCGAGACGGUGGAGCUCAUGGCCGUGCAGGAGAAGGAGCUCGGCGCUCACGCCAAACGAUUGGAACAAGAUAAAGACGCGCUGAACCGACAGCUCGCCGACAGAGACGACUUGAUUUCCCAGAUGCAGCUGAAUCUCCAGCAGACGGAGAAGAUGAACGCAGACGCAGACACUCAGCUGCUUCUUUUACAGUCUCAAAACGACAGAGUUCAAGCUGACUUUGAGAAACAGGAGGGAAUGUCGCUGCAACUGAAAACACUCCUCCAGAGCAAAGACGCUGAGAUCUCCUCCCUGUUGUCCUGCAGAGACGGACAGAUGUCAGGAUAUCUGGAACAACUCCAGGCUAAUUAUCGCAGCCAGGUGGCGGUGUACGAGGACAGGUUGAUUUCCUCACGCUACCAGAGAGAAAAGGCCGACAAAGAGUUGAGAGGCCUUGAAGCGAAGGUGAAAAGCCUGCAAAUUAAAGUGGACAGGUCUACCCAGGAGAAGGAGCACAUGGCUGCAAAGAUGGAGUCGUUCAAGAACUCCAUGGUGUCUCUGCAGAGCGAACGGGAGCGACUGAUGUCAGAAUACAGGAUACUUGAAGCAAAGAGUCAGUUGGGGUUGAAGAGUAAAGAGGCUGACGGGGAAGGUGGCACCACCAAAGGCCUUAAACACGAAAUAAGAAAACUGCUGCAUCAAAUGGACGAUCUGAACUCGGAGAACGCGAUGCUCAGGGCUCAGCUGGUUCGCUACAGAGAGGACCUGAAUCAGGUUUUGUUCCUGAAGGACAACCAGCUGAAGGUGCUGCUGAAUAAGCAGCAGGAUGUCAUCAAAACCCUGGAGAAGCAGAAGGCCGCGGCCGAGAAGCAGCACAGGAAGUCUCGGUCGGAGCUGCAGGAGGAAGAAGAGGCGAGCGACACUUUAAGAGCAGAUAUUUCUAAACUUAAAGCUCAGGUUUCAGGCCUGGAGGCUCUAAAGAAGGAACGAUCGGCCACUAAUGAAGGCAAAGUGAUUAGUGAUCUGCAGGAAGCCGUGGCGGUCAAAGCAGCUGAGUGUAAUGACCUGCAUCAAAGACUUCUCUCUCAGAAAACUCUUACUGAGGAGCUCAAGGAAAAAAUGCAGCUGGUGGAAAAUGAAACAGACAAAAACCUGGCUGAAGCUGAGGACAAGUACAACAGCGAGCUGGACACGUUCGAGCGCGAGGUGGAGCUGAUGAGGAACGAGCGGGAGGCGGCGGAUCAAAGGGCGGCGGAGCUCGCUAAAGACCUGCUGGAGAUGGAGCAGCAGUUAUCAGACGCAAAAACGCUGAGCAAAGACACCAAGGCUCAGAACGAGUCCAUGUGCAGAGCCAUGGCCGCUCUGCAGAACGACCGAGACCAGCUCAUCGAAGACUUCAAGAUCCUGAGAAACAGAUACGACGAAGAACUCCAAGAGACUCAGGCGGCCUUGAACAAGGUGGAGCGCAGUCUGCAGGACGCCAUCGCUGACCUGGCCAUGUUUGCCAAAGAGAGGGACGUCCUCGUUGGUAAACUAAAAGCUUUAGAGAACGAAGACGCACACGCAGAGCUGAACAAGUUGUUGGACGUGCUGUCGAAGGAUUUGUCCGAGAAGGAGAGGGAACUGAAGCGGGUCGUCCUGGAGAACAGCAUGUACGGCAGGCAGCUCUCGGCGUUCUCCAGAUCCAUGGCCAGCCUCCAAAACGACCGCGACCGGCUGAUGGAUGAGCUGGCCGGGGCCAAAAGAGUGGUGGUCGAGUCCAGGCAAGGGUCGAGCCCAGAGGCCGUCACCUCCGUGAGUGUGGAGCGGUCAAAAGGAAGUGGCGUCGGCGCCCUCCAGAGUGAGAACGAAGGGCUGGAGGCGAAGAGGCAGAAGACGGACGAACUACAGCAAACGGUGAAGAAGAUGCAAACUGACGGACUCAGCAGCUUCCAGCAGGAAACAGCAGAUCUGAGAUCUGACGUAGAGAGGACGGACGCUCUGCCAGUCAAGCAGACAGUUGUUCUGGAGGAGGCGGUGAGUCGGUUGGAGGCGGAGAGGAUCCAGCUUCACGGAGACCUGCAGCGCUGCUUGUAUGAGAUCCAACAACGAGACCAGUACAUCCAGCAGCUCAACCUGAAGCUGCAGCAGGCGGUGGAGGAGAAAGGUGCGGUUGCAGCUCAGCUGAGGGCCGUAUCACAGACCCUCAGGGACACCCAGAACCGCUGCCACUGGCUGGAGAACCAGGUCCAGGUCCAGGUCCAGGGGUCAGUAUAUGCUGAGGUUGCACCCGGAGCCCCCCAGGAGAGAAGCAACGACUCCACCGUCGCUGAAACUGCUGAAGCCAGUCUGCUCCGAGAGAGGCUGCUGGAGUUGGAGCAGAGUCUGACCGAUGAGAGAGGGAGGAGAGAGACGGCCGAGGAAGCUCUACGUCUGUCUGAGGACAGAGCAAAGAGCGUCGGCGCCGGUCUGUCCAGAGACGCUCAGAGAGACUUCAGUGUCGACAUGGAAACAGAGGAAGAGUGGGAAGCUCUGAGCCUCAACCCCAACCAGCCUCUAAUAACACGAAAGGUGAAAGGCGGCGUGGCGGCGUGUCGACGCUGGCUCAGAGGGAGGAGCCUCUACUUCUCCAGGCUGCUGACGAGCCGCACCCGCUCUCGAUAUCUCUUCCUGGCCUACCUGCUCACGAUACACGUGCUCGUCCUCAUGUGCCUCUCCGGCGCCCUGUAGCCUGGAGGUCACGCAGGUUCAAGCUAUAUAAACACAGCGUGGUGGAGCGGGCAGCUCACGCCUAUCCUCGCCAGAGAGGAAAUGAUCUGAUGACAUCACAUUCUGCUGAAUAGAGCGCUGCAGGAAUGAGUCCUGAAACCUGGAAAUGAGUGAUCAUGAUGUCACUUCCUGUUCCCUCGUCUGGGGGUCAAUGGGUUUUUAGUUAGAUGUCUGAAAUCAGGUCCGUGGUUAAAUGAGACUACUAGACGCCAUCACGCCGUCUCGUCCUCCUACUCGCGCUCAUGCGACCGCGGUGUAGUUUGUUUAUAACGUUAGCUUCUUACUUUCUGCUGAUCACAUUCACGCUUCAAAAAUCAUAAAGUGGCGUUCAUUAGUGGAGGUUAUCUUAUUACUGAAUCCAUCGUAAACUAGGGACGUGACCAUGGGGACAUUUACCCACCGGUUAAUAAACCCGUGACAACACAGAAAAGAUGGCGGUCAACAUGUGCAGAGCGCUGACUCUGAUCUUUACCGUCGGGUGGCGAUGUGUCUGGCCUCUCCGAUCGAGCUUUCGUUGCAGGGCUGCAGGUUUCCACCCAGCACACACCGCUCCGUCCUCC